AGAUUGGUUUGUCUCUUGUCAACCUGGCAACAGCAGCACAGUUUCUCCAGCCAAUCUCAUUGGCCUUGUUUCUCUUAAAUUUAUGCCACAAGGACACUUGAAGCAGGUCGAGAAAAGAAAAUCCACUGGGCUGUGAGGAAGCUAAUCGGGUCGAUGGGGAAAAGCAAAUCGGAGCCAAAAGACAAAUCAGAGGAGAAAUCUGAAAGCUCGGAAUAUGGGGAACCGGUUAAGUAUGACCCAACAUUCAAUGGACCCAUUCACAACAGGAGCUGCACUGAUAUCCUCUGCUGUGUGCUGUUCAUGGUGGUGCUCGGCGGCUACGUAGUAGUGGGCAUGCUGGCCUGGCUCUAUGGGGAUCCACGUCAUGUUCUCUACCCCAGGAAUUCCACUGGCAUGUUUUGUGGCAUAGGACCAAAUGAGGGUAAGUCCAAUGUCUUCUACUUCGACAUUCUCAAGUGUGCCACAGGGACCAACAUCAUGGCUGCCGCGCUCAAUGGCCUUCAGUGUCCCACCACCCAGGUGUGUGUGUCCCAGUGUCCCAAAGCCUUCUGGGCCCUGGACCCUCUGGCCUACCUCCCCGGAGCAGACCCAAAAGACUACUUCACACAGGAGCUGUGCGUCCCCUCCUUCGACUUGGAUACCACUACUCUGACACCAACACAGAUUAAAGACCAAGAGCUAUGUCCCGUCUUUCACACGCCGACAACACCCAUUUUAGGGAGGUGUUUGCCUUCGUUGCUCAAUCUCGAGAUUCCCACAAACUUCUCCAUUGACGGGCUGACGCCGAAUCAGACAGUGGAUGCCAUCAAGGCAGGCACGGGUGACAUUGUGUCGAGCUUCAACGCCAAGGAAAUCGGCGUUCGCAUCUUUGAGGACUUUGCGUCGUCAUGGCAGUGGAUCGUGGUAGGCCUACUGAUCGCCAUGUUGGUGAGCCUGCUCUUCCUGCUGCUCCUGCGUUUCCUGGCUCCCAUCCUCAUCUGGGGGCUCAUCAUCGGACUGCUGGGCGUCGGCGCCUUUGGUAUUUUCUACUGCUGGCGGGAGUGGGAUGCACUAAAGAACACCUCCACCACCCUCCAAGAUAUCGGCCUCACCACCGACGUCCAAGUCUACCUCCAGGUCAAAGACACAUGGCUCGCUUUUUUGAUCAUCGUGAGUGUGUUUGAGGGGAUUAUCCUGCUGACUCUCAUCUUCUUGCGCACGCGAAUUCUCAUCGCCAUCGCUCUCAUCAAGGAGGCCAGCAAGGCGGUGAGUCACAUGAUGUCUACCCUCUUCUAUCCAAUCGUCACCUUCCUCAUGCUGCUGGUGUGUUUCUCAUACUGGGGCAUCACAGCCUUAUACCUGGCCACCUCUGGGGGUCCUGUCUACAAGCUGGUGGCCCUGAACGCCACUGAGGGAGACUGCACUGGCAUCAACGGGACAGAGACCUGCGACCCAGCCACCUUUAACUCCACCAGUUAUGCGUCGUCGUGCCCGUCUGCGCGCUGCAUGUUCAUCAAGUAUAACGACGAGGGCCUGUUCCAGAGGAACCUCUUCAACCUGCAGAUCUAUAACGUGGUGGCCUUCCUGUGGUGCAUGAACUUUGUGAUCGCGUUGGGCCAGUGCACCCUGGCGGGGGCCUUCGCCUCCUACUACUGGGCCUUCAGCAAGCCUGACGACAUCCCCACAUUCCCCCUCGUGGCCUCCUUUAUGAGGAGCAUACGAUACCAUGUGGGCUCGCUGGCGUUUGGCGCUCUGAUUCUCACUAUUGUCCAAGUCAUCAGGAUGAUACUGGAAUACCUAGACCACAAGUUCAGAGCGUCUCAGAAUAGCGUGGCCAAGUUCUUCAUGUGCUGUCUGAAGUGCUGCUUCUGGUGCCUGGAGAAGUUCAUCAAGUUCCUUAACAGGAACGCUUACAUCAUGAUCGCCAUUUACGGGAAAAACUUCUGUGUGUCGGCCAAAAAUGCCUUUUCGCUGCUAUUAAGGAACGUUGUGAGGGUGGUGGUGCUGGACAAGGUGACAGACCUGCUGCUGCUGUUUGGGAAGCUGUUGGUGGUCGGAGGAGUCGGUGUGCUGUCCUUCUUCUUCUUCUCCGGUCGGAUUAAGCCUCCAGAUCACAUGUUCCAGGCCACCGCCCUCAACUACUACUGGAUGCCAAUCAUCACGGUGGUGGUGGGGUCCUAUAUGAUCGCUCAGGGAUUCUUCAGCGUCUACAGCAUGUGUGUGGACACACUCUUCCUCUGCUUCCUGGAGGACCUGGAGCGUAACGACGGCUCGAUGGAGAAGCCCUACUUCAUGUCCAAGAACCUGAUGAAGAUCCUCAACAAGAAGAACAAGAAGCCCAAGAACGAAGAGGAGUGAACCAAGAGGACUCCUACCACACACACACACACACACGCACACACACACACACACACACACACACACACACACACACACACACACACACACACACACACACACACAACCCCAUACGUCAUCUGAACACUGAAAAGAGACUGGCAGCCAUUAGUCAACACCCCUCCACACACAUCAUCAUCCAAUGUACCCCACCCACCGAACAAAGAAACAAUAACAACAAAACCCAUGUAUUUCAA